AAUUUCAGUAGCGAAGGCUAUAGAGGUCAUUCUUCGCAGAGACAUCUUGUUUUAUCUACCUUAGUCAGUGUACUGUGUUUUGUUUUAGGCUGUAGGUGCGUAAAGCCAACCUGCCGUGUCUGAGCCAGACAAUUUGGGGAAAAUAGCCAUCUAUCCAUUUCCUCGUUUAUUUAGACAGGAUAGCCCGUUCUUUCUACCGUCGACAAACUGUUAUUGAUUGAUUUUAUUUUAUCUCUAAAGAUAAAAAUUUGUCUGAUUAAUCUGUUGAAUAUUUUCAAGAAGAUGAGUGGAAGAAGCGGACAGCGACCAGCGUCAUGCACUACGCCUAUACUUGUGCAUAAUCCUCACCUGGAUGGAAUGAAAGAUGAUGUUCUCUAUCACUUCAGUCUUGGAACAGAAACCCAUGAUCUCCCUGCUAUGUUCAGUGAUGUAAAAUUUGUUUGUGUCGGUGGCAGCCCAUGGAGAAUGAAAUCUUUCAUCGAAUACAUUGCCAGUAUACUAGGGAUGGAGGACCCAAAAGCGGAAUAUCCAAAUAUCUGUGCUGGAACGGACCGCUAUGCUAUGUACAAGAUUGGACCUGUACUUUCAGUUAGUCAUGGCAUGGGGAUUCCCUCCAUCUCCAUAAUGUUACAUGAGCUAAUAAAGCUACUUCACCACGCCCACUGUACUGAUGUUACGAUUUUCCGCAUUGGGACCUCUGGUGGGAUAGGACUUGAACCCGGCUCUGUUGUUGUCACCAAACAGUCGGUUGAUGCCAAUUUUCUACCAAAGUUUGAGCAGGUGAUACUUGGUAAGACUGUCAUGCGUAACACAGAUCUGGACUCAGAGCUGGCCCAGGAGUUACUGGAGUGUAGUAAAGAGAUAAACCAGUUUAACACACAGAUGGGAAACACCAUGUGUACCAUGGACUUCUAUGAAGGUCAAGCCCGUCUGGAUGGUGCUUUCUGCUCAUACACUGAGGAAGAUAAACAAGAAUAUCUUCGUAACGCUCAAGAAGCUGGAGUCUGCAACAUAGAAAUGGAGUCUUCUGUGUUUGCGGCUAUGUGCAAGAUGAGUGGCCUGCGUGCGGCUGUGGUGUGUGUCACGUUACUAGACCGCCUUAAAGGAGAUCAGCUUACAAGUUCUCAUGACGUCCUCAGCAGUUACCAACAGCGGCCGCAAAUCCUGGUCGGUCACUACAUCAAGAAGCACCUUACCCACAAGAAAGACAGUUAACACCAAAGUGCAAAUAGUGCAUUUAAAGAUAUUAUAGAUCACGGUUUUAUUUUUAAAUAUUUUGUUAAUCUGCCUUUCCUUUCACUCUGUGGUCUUAAUCCUAUCACUGCAUAACAUGAAUAUGAUGUUCUUAAAUAUUGCUCCACAAAAUUUGUAUAUAUAUAUAUAUAUAUAUAUAUAUAUAUAUAUAUAUAUAUAUAUAUAUAUAUAUAUAUAUAUAUAUAUAUAUAUAUAUAUACACACAUGUUUCAUGUAUUUAACUCUCAGGUUGUUACAUAAAUUUACCUAUUUAAAUAGAAAGGUAUGUUUAUCUAUAUCACAUAUGAUUUAAUAAAUACAUAUAAAUAAAAUAUUGUAAACGUUA